AAUUGAAUUAAAAAUAUAUAAUAAAUAAUUAAGAAUUCAAGAUUGUCUUCACAGGGGGCAAUUCAUGUUUGAUGUGGAAUCUGAAAUCAGCGUAUAUAUAUCGUAUCAAUUUCUUAGUUGGCAAAGAAUGAUAUUGUAAUAAUAUUUAUUCAAGUAAAACUCAUAAGCAAAGUCAUGUGAGUCAUUUGAUGAAUUAAUUAAAAAGACAAGAUUAGAUAGAUAUACAAUCAAUUUAUUAAUUAUUAAAAAAAAAAAAAACGAAUUGCGUCAAAAUAUUGAAAAUCAAGAUAUACGGCCUUGUCGUUAUUAAACUGUAUUGUUCAUGUGUGCAUAGUACAAUACCCAAAAUUUGCUCUUUGCCUGCCUAUAUAAAUUGUCCCACCUAUCCCCCUCCUUAGCCAUUAAAGGAAAAACAGCUCUCUCUCUCUCUCUCUCUCUCUCUCUCUCUCUAGCUUUCUCUUUGUCUAAAUAAUCUCUCAUCUUUCUCUAUCUAUCUCUCUUCCUCCCCAAGCUAGGAAGAUGGUGAGUAAGUUAAGACUAAAAGACAUCUCAUUCAUGGUUAUUAUGGCUUUACUAGUUUGGCCUUCAUGCUUAAAAACUUGCCAUGCAAGAAAGGGCAAACAGAACUGGAGGCCAAGCAAAGAAGCACCGUUUAGAAAAGAAACAGCAGCAGGCAACGGCCGCGGAGUCUCCACGUUGAUAGGAGGCAAUUACAUAACACCACAAAAAGAUGGUGGCAACUCCGCCAUUUUCAAUGUAUUGAACUAUGGUGCUAAAGGUGAUGGACAUGUCGAUGAUACAAAGGCAUUUGAAGCAGCGUGGGCAGCAGCUUGCAAAGUGCAGGCAUCAACGAUAGUUGUUCCAUCAGGGUCUGUGUUCCUUGUCAAACCAAUCUCUUUCUCCGGGCCUAAUUGUCAAACCGACAUAAUAUUCCAGUUGGAUGGCAAAAUUAUAGCUCCAUCAAGCUCUGGUGCUUGGGGUUCAGGUCCUUUACAGUGGAUUGAAUUUUCAAAGCUUCAAAGAAUCACAGUGAAAGGUAAAGGUGUCAUUGACGGACAAGGCUCUGUUUGGUGGAAUGAUUCGCCCACAUAUAAUCCUUCAGAUGACAACAUAGAGACUGACGCUACAAAAAUGCCAGGCACCAAACCAACGGCUCUGAGGUUCUACGGAAGUACUGGAGUGACAGUGACAGGAAUUACAAUCCAAAACAGCCCUCAGACCCACCUCAAAUUUGACGACUGCAAGGAUGUUCAGGUUUCAAGCAUAGGUGUUUCAUCCCCUGGUGACAGCCCCAACACAGACGGAAUCCACCUGCAGAACUCCCAAGACGUGACCAUUUUCAGCAGUAAUCUUGCAUGUGGAGAUGACUGUGUAUCCAUACAAACUGGAUGCUCAAACGUAUACAUUCACAACGUGAAUUGUGGACCUGGACACGGAAUUAGCAUUGGAGGCCUGGGGAAGGAUAACACCAAAGCUUGUGUUUCAAACGUCACUGUUCGAGAUAUCAAAGUUCAAAACACCCUCACUGGAGUACGAAUUAAGACAUGGCAGGGAGGGUCAGGAUCAGUGCAAAAUGUCAUGUUCUCAAACAUUCAGGUUUCUGAAGUAAAAACAGCCAUAAUGAUUGACCAAUUCUACUGCAAUGGUGGCAAUUCAUGUGCAAAUAAAACCUCUGCUGUGGCAGUUUCAGGCAUAAACUACAUGAAUAUUCAAGGAACAUACACUGAGCAACCAGUGCAUUUUGCAUGCAGCGACAGCUUGCCAUGUACCGGUUUGACUCUAAAUACCAUUCAGCUAAAAUAUGUUGAAGAAGGCAACCAUCCACGUGACCCUUUCUGUUGGGAUGCAUACGGAGAGCUCAAAACUAGCACUGUCCCUCAAAUUGACUGCUUGAAGACUGGCAAACCAUCAGGCGGCGGCACAAAUAAGUACUCAAAUACUGAUUCCUGCUAAGCUUGGUUAUAGCCUAGCUAGGGAAUUAGCUAAUUAGGAAUACAUAUUCAAUACGAAUGCUCUGGUUUUUCAGACCUUAAUGUGGAGGAUACAGGGAAGAAAAAAUAAAAGUGGAAUUUCUAAGAGUAUUAAUAUAAAAAUUACUCAUUGUUACAAUAUAAAAUAAACCAUAUGGCAAAAUUAUGGAAUACGGUUAUUGUAUGUGUAUCAAUCAGCGGCACCAUUCAUAAAACCAAAAAGAAAAGAAGUAAAAAGUAAG